AUGCUACCGACGAAUCUUCCCACAUUUGAUGAGCUACCGAGAUUCCACAGCUUCUCUGGCUGUGCUUGGGAUGUCUGGGGUAAGGACGACGAGUUAGGCACUAUCAACUUGCUCACCGAAGAAGUGGUCAAAGAGGCUGCUGCACACGAGAUACGGUUAGGCAAGACCAUCUGUCUGAACUGGCCCGUGAAUUUUCCAAGCAAGCCCAUGUAUGGUCGCCAAGCUCCUAGAGUGAAAUUAUGGGCUGGACAUGAUGAUGUCGUGAACGAUGAUUCACUGCAUAUCAACACUCAGUCUGGUACCCAAUGGGACGGGCUGAGACACUUUGGCCUGUUGGGCUAUGACGUGUUUUACAACAACACCGCGAGCGGCUCCUUCCCGAAGGGCUAUCUGUACUUCCCAGAUCCUAACGCUAUCGACCAGAAACAGAUUAAGCUGGGAAUUCAUAACUGGGCGCAGCAUGGUAUUUGUGGGCGGGGCGUGCUCCUAGACCUUGUGCGCUAUUAUACAGCGUCAGGGGCUAAAUUACCGUAUGAUCCAUGGACGGCACAUGCCAUUCCAGUCAAGGAUCUAGAAGACUGUGCGCGAUUCCAAGGUAUAACGUUCAAGCAAGGUGAUGUUCUGAUACUUCGAAUGGGCUUUAUACGGAGGUAUCAUACUGCUAGUCAAGAAGAAAGGGAUAGUCUCGGGAGCAAGCCGGAGACUUUCGCGGGUAUCGAACAGUCAGAAGACAUGAAACGAUUCCUCUGGAACAAUCAUUUCGCUGCGGUGGCUUCUGAUCAGCCAGCACUUGAGUGUUGGCCAAAUCUUGACUUUAACUACUUGCAUCAGGUGUGUAGCGCAGAUCGUCGUCUCAAUUUGUACCAACUCUUUGGGUACAUCCAACAGACACUUCUUAGUCUGUUCGGUAUGCCCAUCGGCGAAUUCUUUGACCUGGAAAAGCUAUCCGAGGUGUGCGCCGAGAAUGAUAGACACACAUUCUUCUUUACGUCCUGGCCACUCAACGUGCUCGGCGGGGUUGCAAGCCCAGCAAACGCUGCGGCAUACCUCUAA